UGCCCCUCAGCCUGGUGUGCAAGCCUCUUUACACAAGCGUGGGCCUUGGAAUCCCGGGUUGCUCUCUCGCUGUGUGACUGGGCAAAUCACAGGCUUCCUGUGGCAGACGUUUCUGGCCUGUAAAAUGGUGAUAAUAACAGUACCCAGCCUCUUAAAAUUGUGUUGAAGAUUGGACAGAGUGGGGCGCCACGUAGCCGCGCUGAGCGCGGAGUCUGUAACAGAGAAGGUCCGAUCUGAUGUUAGCUUUUACGUUUUGAUGAUAGGGCGGGGGCGCUAUAAUAAUGUCUAGUUAUACGGCACUUUACAUUUUUCAAAGUCCUUCCAGGGAGCUUGUUUCACAGCCGCUGCACGGUCAUUAUUAUCUCCAAUUUCACUUGGGGGAGGAGACGGAGACAGCUCUGGCAGGAGGCUGGGCCCUUGGUGGAGAGAGAUGCUGAGUCAGGACCAGGUACUGUGCGAUGGCUGCACAGGUGUGAGGUCCUUCACCCUGCAAGAACCCCCCGCACACACAGCCGCGGUCACCCAGCCCGAGGUGCGGCCCGCAGACCGCCUCUGGCCCCGCAGCUGUCCGCGCUCGGCAGCCCCGGCCCCGCGCCCCCGGCCACCCCCUCCCCAGCCGCAGGAGCCGAGCGCGAGGAGCCCAGCGGGCGCGGAGACCGCGAGCUCGAGAGCGCUGGCCGGAGCUCUCCGCAGCCGACCUCAAGGUGAGGGGCCAGCCCUUCUCCAGACGGGUCCCCCUGCCGUGUCCCCUCCCCGCGUGCCGCGUCCCCGCCCUGGCACAAGCAUCGCUCACCGCCUUCGCCCUGCCCCCGCCCCGCGGCCUGGCUGCGCUCGCUCCUCCGUCCCUCUCCAAGCUGCGACUCCCGCACUUAUUUCCCGGCAACUUUGGCUGCGGCAUCGGCGUCACUGUGCAUUGCACGGCUGCUGUGCGGACCCCCGGACCUGGCCUGGAAGCUGGCGGCGCCGACCCUUGGACCCCUGAAUCCCAAGAGCGCCAGCCGGGAGGGGGGGGGUCCCGAGCAGACAGCAUCCCCCAGCAGGUGUCCCCUCCCCCGCCCCCUGCUUCCUGAGAGGCACGCGAUUCCGCUCGCACCUGGUUUCUCAGCCUCCGCUGCCGUCAGCUGCCACCCCCUCCCCGCCCCCAAGGCCCAGCGCGGCGCACCUGGCACAUCGGGGACGCAGCCUCCUCCGGCCCCAGCUGGCCUUUGUUUGCCCAGCAUCGGCUGACCUGCCGCUCCCUGGGAGGGCACAAGGGGAGAAGCCGUGACCCCGGUGUCCCCGAGGGAUUUGCUAGCCUCCAGGCAGCCUCCCCGGGCUGGGUGCAGGGAAGGAGGUGUGCCGGUUGGCCCGAGCUUGGGGACCAAGGCCAAGGCGGGCCUGACUCCUGAGCUGGCCCCUCACCCCCCAGCCUCCAAGGAAGCGUUUCAAGGUGGCCGUGGUCAGAGGGGAACUCGGGCAAAGUUGACAGCAGCCACUGGAGGGGGUCUACCUGAGAACAGGUAGCCACGAGGGCCACCAAAAGCCAGUGUCACCCAGAUUCCGCCCAGGGUGUCUUCCGGGCCCUGGUGUCCAUGGAGGGUUCUGGGCUCGGCUGCUGGGUGGCCCUCAGAGAGAGCAGCGCGGCGGGGGCCUGUGGCCACCGCAGAGGACAGGACAGGGACAGCCAGUCUGACUGGCAGUUGAUGCCACUGUGCCUCGCUGCUCUGGCGCUGCCGGGGCACAAACGCGGGCUGAGCUGCCUGCGGCUGCCCACCAAGGCCAGGGCAGCACCGCACCUGCUUAUCAGGGCGGACAGGGGCCACCUCCCUUCUUAUCCUCUGCUCCAGCAGCUCGGCCACUCCGGGGCUGGCGUGGGGCAGCGCUAGUUUCAUCUUCAGUUGCCCUGAGUCACUGCUGCUUGUGCCUGGCCCAGGGAGAAGGAAGCAGUCUUGUACCCCAAGCAACAUCUUUAUUUAUAUAUUGUUUUGAGGUACGGGGGGGGGGCGGACCCCAGGCCUUUGCACUGAGCUACAUCCC